UUUUUGCAGCCUCUGCUUUGUGUGACAGCUGCCUAAUUGGGCAUUCUCCCCUCGUAGUGAGGCUGCCUCCUCCGGCCUCGACUGCUGACGAAUGGCAGCGGAUUACAGAUGAGGACACAAUGACCCGUUUGACCUUCCAGCAGCAGGAGGAGCAGAGGGAGGGGCCUGACGGGCCGGGCCCGGGCCCAGAGCCUCAGGUCACUAGAGGAUGAGGUCGUGAGAAGGUGGAGGAUCUGCCAGGUGGCCAAUGACAGAGUGUCACAUGACAGUAGCUUGAUGUCAAUGUGUCAAGGGUAGACUGGUGGCACUGCAUCCUUAAAAAUACUUGCACGGAUGCACACGUGCACGGUAGCUUUUGCUGUAAUCCCCAGCUCUCAAAGCGAUCAAAAACAUCAGAAGGAGAGGCAGUCCUAUUUAUUUUUAUCUCAUUUACUUGUGAUUUUUCUUUUGCUGGAAUUCUAAUGAUGCUCAUUAUGCUCAUAACGGUUUUCUGGGUUUGGUAAAUUAAUUAUAUACAGCAGACUGAUAUAUUAAAUAAUUUUAAUAUUUCUAAUAUUUGCACAUUCUAAUGCUGUAAAUGGUUAAAUCUGAUUUGUUUCAGUUACACAUGUAACAUAAAAUCAGUGUUUAUUUACCAUUUAAAAAUUAAAGGUGACAAUCCUACUUUAAUGUUACUACGAGUAAACCAUUUGUAGCAUGAACGUUUUAUAAAGUAUGGCUUUUUGGAACCAGAUCUGUCCGUUUGAGUGAUGUCCGAUUCGCGAACGAAUCGUUCGAUUUUUAACCUGUUCUUCUUACUGAAGCGGUUGAACCAGUUCACCAAAUCGAACUGAAUCGUUUGAAACUGUUCGCGUCUCCAAUAAGCAUUAAUCCACAAAAGACUUAAGCUGUUAACUUUUUUAACGUGACUGAGAUUCCCUCUGAGUCAGAAUAAACCAAUAUCCCGGAGUAAUUCAUUUACUCGAACAGUACACUGAUUGAACUGCUGCGACGUGACAACUGAAGAUGAACACAGAGCAGAUAACGAGCAUAAACGCCCAUUCUCGAGUCAAGAACUGGUUCCAUCUGUUUUGGGAUCACCAGUACACUGAACCGAGAACUGUUUUAUUCUAUUUUAUUUCAGGUUUAUUUAAAUGGACCAAAAUUAUUUUGAAUAUUAUUUAGUAUAGAAUUUUAGUUAACUUAACACUAGAUUAUGGGUACACAAUAUAUCAGUGUCCAUAUCCUCCAAUAUUGGCAUUUUUUCUUUGGCUAAUAUUUGAAACGGAUCAAACAAUACCAUACAAAACCAGGCAGAACAUUAUAGAAAUAGACUUAUAAAAUAUAUCAUAAUCUUUCCGGCCAUAACAUAAAAAAAUUUUGGUUAUCACUUCUGGUCAUCAGAUCUUAUUUUUAUUGUUUAUUGACUUAUUUUUUCUGUAUUGCCUACACAUUGCUGAUGCAGCUGUAUUUUUCUGUGCACUUGGCUCAAGCAAAACUCUUAAAAUAUAACGUCUAUUUCCAAAAGUUAAAAUAGUUACGAGUGUGUAUAAAUACCAAAACAGCAGCUGGUAUUUAAAGGGGCUAGGCUAAUGACUGUAUUUUUCUUAAUGCCAGCACCUUCAGAAUUUCACAGCAUAUGUGCAGCAGACUAAUGAUCCAAAUGAGCCCUUUUCUCUCCAGAUCAUUUGCUGCACACAUUGGAAAGACAUUUGUUAGGCUUUCUACGUUAAUAAAGAGGAGGAAAAAAGGAGAAAUUCUAUCACUAACCGCUGCAAGGCAAGUUCAAGCCAUAAAGGUCUUGUCUGCUGAAGCAUUUCAGCUUGGCUUAGCUUUCUUAGCCGGCUGUUGUAGUCAUGAUGCCAUGACCAGUCUCUGCUCCACUUCACCCACACACACACACACACACACACCAUUCUCGCAUUAUAAGAGCGAGUGUGCGGCGACAGAGCAGAGCAUCUUCUAAGACACAAAAUACAGGUUGUCAGAAAGGCUGGCGGAGCCUUGUUCCUGUCACGCUGCCAGAAAGCAAUAUCACUCAGCUGAGGUAGAAAGCCAUCAGUUGUAAAAUAUGAUGAAUUAUCCCUAUUCAGCAGAGAGUGGGCCGUCUGUGGGCGUGUGGCUCUCUGUGUGUACGCGAAAGUACGUGAGAGUGUAUGAAGAAAGGCUAUGCCUGUGUGUGAGUCUGUUUUGUGUGACUGAGCACUGAAAGCCUGGUUGCGGCACACAUAAGAGUGUGUGGGUGAGAAAAAGUGAGAGAGACCAGCCACGGGGUUACUACAGGUUUAAUGGUGACCUUGUUGUGCUCACACUUAGCUGCUUUCAGUGUUGAGUUGCUCAGAGCGAGUGUCUGAUCCCCCACCCGGGUGCUCACACACUUGAUUAGUGGCCUUGGUUAUCUGCCUUGAGGACAAGCCACUGCCCCCUCCUUCACUGGUUAGGGCUAGGGCACUGAAGGGUGUCAACCCCAAAGAAAUAAGAAGAAAGAGACAGAAGGAGAGAGAAGAAAGGGGCAGGAUGUUGUUGAGGUGUAUUAGUAUUCAGACAGAGCCUUACAGCCUGCAGAGCAAAUUGAUUACUACACUGUACCUGUUCUUAGUGUCACAGCUUUGUAAGACGGUCCAUCAUCCGCUGACCUUGUGGACAGAAUUACUGGAUGAAAGCAGUGAAUACACUCACAAACUUAGAGCUUUGAAGUACACAUCCUGUGCCAUGGAAAUCCACAAGACUGACUGCAUUACGAUCCUGUACUUAUCUUAACAAUGGCAUACAUGAUUUUAAAUAAAAUUCAUGCUUGGCUCUUGCCUCCUGUAUGAGAGAAUGGCUUGUGAAGCUACAUUAGACUUUUCUUUUACCUAAAAUAAGGUUUGGAAGUUAAAAACUGCAAGGUUUAUUAGCAGAACAUAACAGAACGUUUUUCCCCUCUAUUGUGGUGGCCAACCAUACAAGAGAUUAUAAUAUUGAACAUGACUCAUGGGGAAGAGCCUGGCCCUGAAACACACCAGGAUUCUGCUGUAUUAACAUAUCUGGAAGGCUUACUAAUGCAUCAGGUAGCAGGAGGACAGGGUGCGGCAGCAACACAAAGUGGAAACCAAGAGCAGAGGAAUAAGGAUGGGACAGGGCAUGCACAGCCUAGUCAUGGCACUCGACAUGAGCAGAAUCGAACAAAUUCCCACUGUGGAGCCUCACAACAUCUUAGAAAGGCUCGUCUCCUCAACUCUGAGACCUGGGUAGAGAGUGAGACUCAACGGAGGUCAGCACCCUCCAUUGCAAUCAACGGGCAAAGCGAAGAACACCACAGUGGCCACAACGGUACCUCCCAGGAUAAAGGAGAGAGUACGCUUCUAGCUAGUUUGCUGCAGUCUUUCAGUUCUCGACUUCAAAAUGUGACCCUGCCACAGCAGAUUAUCCAAGGUUUGAGGCCACUGGAUGCCCCCUGCCAGAUAAGCAAGCCUGCACAAGAGGAGAGGGCAGAUGUGCCUUGCCACAGACCUGCCUCGAGCCACCUCAAAGGGUUAGUGAGCAAGAGCAAAAUGCAUAAUCACAGCAACAGUGUGCCUUAUCAACGUCAACGGCCUAGCCAGGAAAGUUUUUCAGAAUCUCCCAAGGCACUGCAGAGCAGUACUCCCUCCCCAUCUCCUGAGUCUCUGUCUUGUACUGAGCGCCUAAAGGCUGUGGCAAACCUGGUAAAUAUCAGAUCAAGCCCUGCUCCAUCUCCUAAACCAAGUGUGGCUUGCAGUCAACUGGCUCUGUUGCUCUCCAGUGAGGCCCACCUGCAAGAGUACUCUCGAGAACAUGCCCUGAAAGCCCAACUCUCUGGACGAUCAGCCAGUGAAAGAUUAUCAGCCAUGGCCACACAGCAGACACAAGAUAAACAACCUACAACAUCUGGCCUGACUCAUGGACUAAGCCUCUUACACACAAAGAAUGGAAUACUUUCAGAAAUGUCAACAAGCUCCAGUAGACAGAGUCCAAGCCUAACUUCAGGGCAAAGGACAGAAGGUUCCAUACGGACAGGACAUUGCUUUAGAGAGCGACGACCUUUCGAGAAACAAGGACGACCAGCACAGAACUGCAGUAGUCUUCUACUUCAGCUUCUAAACAGUCACAACACCUCACAGCGAAUUAAUGGACAAGGUCACUUGAAAGAUGACUUCAGUACCUUUGGCACUCUGGCCUCUCCGCUUUUUUCAGACAGCGAGCACUCAAACCCCGACAGCAGUCUUACAAAAGACAGCAGUGAUGCUGAGAGCUCUUACUCUGGUUGUUCUCCUAUCGACCUUUCUCUGAAGACAAGAACAAAUGUACAAACACCAGUAUCUACUUCAUCCUCACCUGUACGGGACAGAGUACCAGAGUCUUUGUUAAACAGGUGGAAGUAUGAGAGUCCACCUGUCAAAGUUAUCUCAGAUCGCAGGGAGGUAAACACCUGUUCAGAGAUUAAAUCUAAUCACAAGGUCACUCUUUUGCAGUUGCUCUUGGAUCACAAAAAUAACGAGAGAGUAAACAAAGGUCUGGAUAAUCCAGAUUUGCAGCAAGAUGUAAUCCCUAAGGUCACAAGUUCAUCUACAAGUAGCCAGAGUGUUUUCAGUACAGUUAGGUGUAGGGACAUAAGUGACCUUAGCGGACAUUCUGGAUUGAUUUGUAGGAGUCCCAAACUCUUGCCACCUUACUCCCAAAGCAGAGACUCCAACAGCAGUACAUCUCCAUAUACACCAUAUGGGUCUCCCCAUUCUCAAUCUGUCCCAUUGGAUCUCUGUAAAAUAAAACAACCUGCAAGUGAUGUAGGAGUAAAAGAACCUGCCUUUAGUGCUAGUAAAUUGUUACAGAAUUUAGCUCAGUGUGGAAAACAAAACCCUGACAUCUCUCCUCCAGCAAAGGCACCUUUACCCCCCAUCAAACUCAUUACCCAAGAGCUAAAUGUUAACCAUCCUCCAACUUUACUUGGGAAACUCAAUGCACCAAUUCAGAGAAAUAACACACUGUGGGAAGAGGCCAAAGCAAAAACAUCAGCUGUGCCUGAAGCAACACUGAAUGUCUCGGAGAUAGAGAAUCUGCUUGAAAGACGUACAGUUCUACAACUUCUUUUAGGAAAUGCUCCUCAGAAAGAAAAGGUAGGCAGUAAACGAAAACGAGAACAUGGCAAGAACAAUUCUGUGGAAAAACCAACACAUCAGGCAACUGGCCAAACAAAUGGUUCUGCUUUGGAUAUUACAAUUAAAACUGAACCUGUUGAAGAGAGUCAUACAUAUGACUAUAACAAAAUGUCAAAGCAUUGCCAGAAUCCAGAAUUGGAGCCUAGAAAAUGCUCCAGUUAUGAUUCUCAUGAAAACAUCAAACAAGAACCAUUGUCCCCAGAGGUUCCCAUCAGAAAUGGUCUUCUCUGUCAUCUCCUAAAGAAACGACCCAACAACACCCUUAAGCCAAACAAAUUAGAGAACCUAAACAAGAGUUGUGUCAAAGAAGAAUCAGUUGAAACCCAGGGACCAACAAUCCCAAAGAAGCGGAAAUUUUCAAUAGAACUAGAAUAUUAUAACUCGUCGACUCAGCAGAUUGGGGAUUUGGUACCUUCUGGUAACACAAAAGAAGACAACAGUGGUUGUUUUGCCUCCAGAGAUCUAGAGACAAGAGUGGCCAGAGAUUCAUCUAGCCCCCCAGAGACAGACAGUCCUCCAGCUAGGUUUCCACCAUAUGAGUCUGACGAAAACCGAAGUUUCAAUGUUCUAAAGCAGCUGCUUCUUUCAGACAACUGCUUGAAGGAAUUGUCUCAGCCAAGGGGUACAUUCAGUUUACCAUCACAUACUGUGCUAAAUGGGAACACAAUCAAGCAAUCAUGUAAUGGAGAAAUUCAAAACUUUCACCAGAGUCUGAGUCCCAGCAAUGCAUCUUCUAAAAAAGCAAGUAGUCACAGGCAAGAAACUCCCCAUGUUACACAGCAGGAGCCUGCAAGGUCAAAAAUCAGUUACAGCACCACAAAAGAUUUGAAGGCCCCUGCAAAGAUGGUUAAUGCGAACGAUCAAACACAAAUGUAUGGGCCAGACUCACCUCGGUUUACAAAGACUAACCCUAUUUUGUACUAUAUGCUCCAGAGGAGCAAUGCACAACUGGUUAAAGAGGGGGAGAGGCUGGAGGUGGGCUCAGGACAAAUGCAGACUAAUGUCAAAAAUGAGUCAUCAGGUGAUACUGAGGCCUUUGAACUUUGAAACAAAAUUCACAGAAUUACAAUGGAACACUUAGUUGUGACUCACCAUGGCUAAACGGGUCAUUGAAGAAAUACAAGUUCUGAGACUGUGAACCAGCAUCUGUGCUUGAACUAGAAAAUUGCUUCUUUUUAUUCUCUGCUCCUUAUCUACUUUUGUUUCUAUAGAGGCAUUUUGCAUUUUUCACUUGAAUUACAUGUCAUUUAGUUCACAAAAAGACCAGGAAACCAAAGUUCAUUUAAAUAUUUAUAAGCAUUACUUUCUGGCUGAUUUCUUUCAUAUGUUCUAGGCUGCAGAGAAAAUAAAAGUUUUCUACAGAAGGUGUGUAACAGAUUUGCCCUUAUGUAUUUGUAACAAUAUCAGUUCCCACUCUGUUUUCCACACAUGGGUAGACUUUUGGCCUCAGGCAGUGAGUUAUGAUGCACCAAUGCACAUGAUAAUCUGUAUAAACAGAUUGUGCCUCAGCAGUUGUUGGUGAAUAUUCUUCAAUUUACCAUGCUGAAAUGAGGAAAUAACGAUGUGUUGUUACUUUGUCUAUGCCAUAAAGGCAUUAAAUGUCACAAUAUUUAUACAUUCAAAUAAAUUAAAUUGGUUGCCUUUUUUAAAAGAUUAUUGGUUCUGUAUUGUUCAGAUUAACUAACAACAACAUUAAAGCUAUAAAUUCAUUAUCAUGUUUGGGUAUGGAAUAUGAAUCCAUCAGUAUUACAACAUGAUAUCUUUAUAGUAUGUGAGGUGUGUAUACUUUUAUGUUAUCAGUACCCUAUUUAAUUUCUCUCUCUCCCUUUGAAAACAAAGUUGUGAUGUGUUAUAUUCUUUAUUCUGCAUUCUCAGCAUUUAACUGUCAAGACAGAAAUGGAUUUUUACAAUACUGUAGAAGAUGAAUGAAAAUCACAAGAGUUACUACAAAUGUCUGCUUUUUGCUCAUAUGUUUUGUAUUUGUGUAUUUUAUGAACAGGUCUUGGUAUCAGCAUGCCAUAAGAUGUUUGUUCUAUUAUGCAAGAGAUUGUUGCAUCGACUUGAGACAAAUCAGCCCAGUCUCAGCUGUCUGUCAUGUUAAUGGACACGUUGAUCUAAAUAAAAGGAGUGUUUGUGGUAAUAAGGCCAUUCCCACAAAAAUAUCUUUGCUUAUGUGAUGUUUUACAGUCUUACGUUUGACAUGUUGUUUUUCAUCAAUCUGAAAGACUCGUUAUAAACUAUAUUUAUGUACAUAUCAUAAUCUUUAUGAAAAACAGCUAUUUUGUAGGAAUGAAAAGCAUUUUAGUUUUGAAAUUUCUUAAAGAGACUUCAAAGUAAAUGCCAUGUGGAUAUGUACUCUAUAGGAUGAUUUUUGUCCUUCUUUUGCAUGUCUCCUGAUUAAACUAUGAUAAUCUGUUCUGUAAUAUCUUGUGUUAUGUCAGAUAUUUAGGAGUACACUGCUGCCUGUUGCAUGUAGAUGCAUGAGGAGGUUCCUAUGUAUUACUGAACAUGGGGAAAUUCAAAGUCUUAAGUAUAUAUAUCUAUAUUUUGUCAUGGAGCCCAGUACAUAAAAAUGUGAUCUGUAUGUUUGUCAUGAGAAAUCGACCGCUGGGCAAAAUGUUACAACUUUUGAAACAAAUGUGCAUAUGGAGAUAUUUAUUUAGUUUUUACUCAAUUUAAUUUUUUACAAGGAGAAAACCAAACAGGUUAAACAAUCAUGUUCCGUAUUGUACAGUAAAAAGAUGGAGUACACUGACAUUUCAAAGUCUUCUAUUGGUUUUGAAAUAUUGUUUUGAUGCAGGCUAACUGCGAUGCAUUUGAGUAUAAUUGUGUAUCAUUAUUUCUAAAAAUACAUUUCAUUUGGGUGUUUACUUGCACAUAUUUUGAAUAAAGUUCUGAAAUGCACAAUCAGAAUAAAACCUGUCGUUUAUGUCUUGCAA